CUCUCUAAACACCGAGAGAGAGAGAGACGAAGAAGAAAGAAAGAGAGAGAGAGAGUGAGAGAGAUAGCUCUCUGGCUGAUCUUUUUUUUCCGAUCAGAUCGAAGAGUUUUAUCUCGAAAUUCCAAAGUUUUUGUUUGGUUUCUCUGACUUAGAGAUCUCCAAGCUUCACGUAAUUUGUUGUCGAGUAAGAUCUAUCGAAUCCACGAAAUUGGUGACUUCUGGCGAUUGUUACGGUUGAAUUCCCGUAAAUUCUGGGGAAUUCGCGGCGGAGGCUGAUUUAGGUUAAAUCGAGCAGAAUUUGACCAAAUUCGAGGAUUUUUAUCGGGAAAAAGCCACAGAGAAAGCAUAAUUCAGCGACUUCUGAGCUCAAUUCCGCUUCUUCAACCAUCGGAAAACACAACACCGCUUGAAUCAGUUGCUACCAGUCACAGAUCUGAGCUACUAGCUACAGAAUUCCGUCGAAUUCACGCCAUUUUUUGCGAAGAUUUGUCCAAUUUUUUGAUAAUUCCCGCGCACAGACUAAUAAUAUAAUUUUAAAGAAUUCAAAAACCGUCGAAGCUGUCGUUCAUGGAGCUUCCUCAACCUCGUCCCUUCAAAACCGAAGGGAGAAAACCAACACAUGAUUUUUUAUCGCUCUGCAGUCAUUCAACCGUCCACCCAGAUCCAAAGCCAACACCACCUUCUUCUCAAGGUAGUCACUUGAAAACCCAUGAUUUUCUUCAACCGCUUGAAUGUGUUGCUGCUAAAGAAGAGGUAAGUAGGAUUAACACUACCACUACAGCUUCCGAGAAGCCACCGCCCCCUGCACCUCCUCCACCGCUGCAGCACGUGCUUCCCGGUGGUAUAGGGACUUAUACAAUAAGCCCCAUUCCUUACUUCCAUCAUCAUCAUCAGAGAAUUCCUAAGCCGGAGUUGUCACCACCGAUGAUGUUCAAUGCUGCUGCGCAAGCGAGUGGCGGUAAUGAGAGAAACAUUGUCGAUGAGAAUUCAAACUCUAAUUGCAGUUCGUACGCUGCUGCAUCAAGCGGAUUCACUCUGUGGGAUGAAUCUGCUUCUGGAAAGAAGGGACAGACAAGGAAGGAGAAUAAUGUUGGGGAGAGAGUAAACAUGAGAGCUGAUGUUGCAGCAACUGUGGGACAAUGGCCAGUGGUGGAACGACGGUCCCAGUCUUUGACAAAUAAUCAUAUGAGCGGUUUCAGUUCUCGCUCUUCCUCUCAAGGGUCUGGGCUUAAGAGCCAGAGCUUCAUGGACAUGAUAAGGUCAGCAAAAGGAAGUUCACAGGAAGAUGAUUUAGAUGAUGAAGAGGAUUUUAUCAUGAAGAAAGAAAGCUCCUCGACUAGCCAGAGCCAUAGAGUGGAUUUGAGGGUAAAAGCAGAUGUGAGAGGCUCUGCUAACGAUCAAAAGCUGAACACACCUAGGUCUAAACAUUCUGCUACAGAGCAACGGAGAAGGAGCAAGAUCAAUGAUAGAUUUCAAAUGUUGAGACAACUAAUACCUAACAGCGACCAAAAGCGGGAUAAGGCCUCUUUCUUACUAGAGGUUAUCGAGUAUAUUCAAUUCUUACAAGAGAAAGCAGACAAGUAUGAGACCUCUUACCAAGGAUGGAAUCAUGAACCUGCGAAGCUAUUGAAUUGGCAGAGUAACAACCAACAGCUAGUACCUGAAGGAGUUGCUUUUGCUCCAAAAAUGGAAGAAGAGAAGAACAACAUUCCGGUUUCGGUCCUUGCAACAGCACAAGGUGUUGUUAUCGAUCAUCCAACAACCGCAACGACCUCUCCAUUUCCAUUGUCGAUCCAAAGCAACAGUUUUUUCUCUCCUGUGAUUGCGGGUAAUCCCGUACCUCAGUUCCACACAAGAGUCGCAUCAUCAGAGACUGUAGAGCCAAGCCCGAGUUCUCGGAAUCAAACUCAGCCAUUGAAAGAAGAAGAAGAAGUAGAAGAUGAGGAAGUUCUUGAGGGUAACAUCAGAAUUUCAAGUGUUUACUCGCAAGGAUUAGUGAAAACACUGAGAGAAGCAUUGGAGAAUUCAGGAGUGGACUUAACGAAAGCAAGCAUCUCCGUUGAAAUCGAGCUCGCUAAACAAUCCUCGUCUUCCUUCAAGGAUCAUGAAGUUCGUGAACCGGUUUCUCGAACCAGAAACGACGAUGUCAAGCAAACUCGGAAACCAAAACGGCUCAAGACGGGACAAUAGAAGUUAUAAAAACAAAACCCAAAACACACAAUCCGGUAAAACACCAAAAUUGAUUCCUGUUUUUUCUUUAAAAUCUUUUAUCUCAAAAAGGGAUUAUAAUUUAUUAUUAUAGUUAUAUCUUGAUUUUUUUCUUUUGUACAUCCGAAAUCACGUUUUAUCUCGUGGGUCCAUAAUCUUUUGAGACCUAAGAAGACUAUUGCGACCCGGUUAUGCUAACCGCAUUUUAGCCUGUAAUCUCAAAUCUUCUUUGGGGUUUUCUUUUGAGGAAUAUAUCAUUUAAGGGGAA